AAUCGUAAACAUAGACCUGUCAAACAACACAAACGCCAUCUUGACAGCACCCUCAAAAUGGCAGAAAGAUGUGAGCUAGAAACCGAGUCCAAACUAAGAUUCCUGCUCUCUGCUGUUUAAAACCAGACUCGCCAGUUUUUCCAUAAACAAGUGGUUAUGGGGUUGGUGUCCAGGGCGGCAGCACAGAGCCUGUAAAAUGGAUAUAACGACGGCGGUUUUCAACGCGGCCAGAGAUGGUAAGCUGAAACUUAUCCAGAAGUUGCUGAGCAACAAAACUCCUGAGGAGCUGGAGGCUUUAGCCGAGGAGAAAACACAGGGAGGCACCCCUCUGUUGAUAGCAUCUCGAUACGGACAUUUAGAUGUUGUAGAUUACCUCCUUGAACAUUGUAAAGCAAAUGUUGAACUCGGGGGGGCGGUUAACUUUGACGGCGAGACCAUCGAGGGGGCUCCGCCGCUGUGGGCUGCGUCGGCAGCCGGUCACCUCCCUGUGGUUAAGACGCUAUUAAAACACGGUGCCUCAGUGAACAACGCAACACUAACUAACUCAACGCCGCUCCGAGCUGCCUGCUUUGACGGUCACCUGGAGAUCGUCCGCUACCUGGUGGAGCACAAAGCUGACAUGGAGGUAGCCAACCGCCACGGCCACACCUGCCUCAUGAUCUCCUGUUACAAGGGCCACAAGGAGAUAGCCAAGUUCCUCCUGGACCGUGGUGCGGAUGUCAACCGCAAGAGUGUGAAAGGGAACACCGCCCUCCACGACUGUGCCGAGUCAGGCAGUCUGGACAUCAUGAAGAUGCUGCUAAAGUGCAGUGCUCGCAUGGAGAGAGAUGGAUAUGGUAUGACCCCACUCCUCGCUGCAAGUGUAACAGGUCACACCAACAUCGUAGAGUACCUCGCCCACCAGCCUCGCACUUCCAGAGAGGAACGCAUUGAUGCACUUGAACUCCUUGGGGCUACUUUUGUGGACAAAAAGCGGGAUCUCUUGGGGGCAAUGAGGUACUGGAGAAGGGCCAUGGAGCUGAGGCAACCAGGGGAUAAAGCUGGAUCCCUGGCCAAGCCUCCACCUGGGCCCCCUAUCCCUGCCUAUGGCUGUGCACAGGAGGUGAGCACUGCAGAGGAACUGGAAGCUUUGAUCACAGACCCUGAUGAAAUGAGGAUGCAGGCUUUGUUGGUUCGAGAGCGCAUCCUGGGGCCAUCGCACCCAGACACCUCUUAUUACAUCCGCUACAGGGGAGCUGUGUAUGCUGACUCAGGCAACUUUGAACGCUGCAUCAGCCUGUGGAAAUAUGCUUUAGACAUGCAGCAGAGCAACCUGGACCCUCUCAGUCCCAUGACAGCCUCCAGUUUCCUGUCCUUUGCAGAGCUUUUCUCUUUUGUUCUUCAAGACCGGGCCAAAGGCACCCUGUCAACGCGCAUCACCUUUCACGAUCUGAUGACUGUGCUGGGGAAAAGUGUGAGGGAGGUAGAGAGAGCUGUGGCACAGAAGGACAACCCUCCAGAAGCUCCUCAGUUCACCAAAGCCCUCUCCAUCAUCCUUCACCUCAUCUUUCUACUGGAGAAGCUGGAGUGCAGCCCAGAGCAGGAGCAUCAGAAGAAGCACACAGUGUACCGUCUGCUAAAGUUGAACCCUCGAGGUCGGAGCGGCUUCACCCCUCUCCACAUGGCUGUAGACAAGGAAACCACGUCUGUGGGCCGCUACCCUGUCGGCCGCUUCCCUUCCCAGGCGGUGGCAGCGCUGCUCCUAGAGUGUGGCGCAGAUGUCGAUUCACGUGACUGUGAGAACAACACUCCACUGCACAUUGCUGCUAACAACGGUUGCCCAGAGAAUAUGGCACUACUUAUGAAGGCCGGGGCUCACUUUGACGCUACAAAUGCACAGAGGAAGACAGCCUACGAGCUGCUGGAUGAGCAGAGCAGCGGGCACCCGGCCCUCUAUCCGCUGAACUACAUCACCCUUCAGUGCCUGGCGGCGCGUGCAAUUGAAAAGCACAGACUGCCCUACAGGGGACUCAUCUCUGAGGAGAUGGAGGCUUUCAUUGAGCUGCACUGACUCCCACUACUGUCCCCUGAUGAGGCACCCCUGCACUACUCUUCCUGUUGUCCCCCCAUACCUUACUAUGACCUGCCACAAACUUCAUUCUCCAUGCCAUUCUCCUCAUCUUUGUUUCCUUUUAAACCGCUUCGCUCCUGGCCCUACCAACCUUGUGUCAGACCAAAUCAUAGCAAUAAACAGCCAGCCUCUAGGCUUAAAUCUCGGGCUGAGAUCCGGUCAGUUAUCGCUUGAUUCUAAUGUUAAGUCACAAAGACUUUCAAAGUGAUUGUUGGUUUCUACUGCUGUUUAAAGCAGAGUGGAACUUCAACUUGAUAUAGGUUUUAAUGCAUUUUCCCUCUUUUAGUCCCAGUAAAAAGGAGACUUACAGUAUAAUGGUGCUUGUGUGGUUGGUGGUGGCUGGACUGUAUGAAAGAUGGGUUUUAGUAUUACUGAUUGGAAGAAUCUGAUCAUACUAGCCAGAUUAACAUGCAUGAAAAUGAAGAGUGAAUAUGGUAACUCACUUGUUGUUUUGCAGAUUGAUUCAGAAAGGAUGUGUUUGAACAAACUCAACCACCCAAACUUGCUUGUUGGCAAUUUCUGCUUGGUUCUGCUUGUUCACAUGUACCAUCUGCUAUGUUUCUUUGAUAUGGGAAGAUGUUGAAUUUACUGUGCCAAAUGUCAGCCAUGGAGCCAUGUUCUGUUACAGACUAAACUGGUGGCAAAAUGAAAAGCAACUAAAGCAACUUAUCUUUUUAAUUAUAAGCAAAAGUAAUAAUCUAAAGGUGAGACAUACAUGAAGCUUCCAGUUCCAGAAGAUAUUUGAUAUUUCAGACUGUGACAUGAUUUGCCUGCAGAGCCAUCAUUUCGAAAGACUUUUAUGAGAGUGAGGGUGAGUGGUAUCCCUUUUGACUAAGUAAAAAAAAAAGCUGGUACCGUUGUUUGGCUAACACUCCCCAGUCUCUACACAGACAUUUAUAACCUAUGCAGUUUGUGAUCAGAGGCAACGUUGUUCAAGCAAAAAUUCACUACAUAAACAGAUUUUACAUGGGAUUAUUCUUCCAUUUUACAUGCUUAUCUUGACUGAAACCUGCGGCUGCUUCACUGACAAUGAAUUGGCAUCUUCUGAAUUUAUAAACUAAGAAUAAUUUCUUGAAAUUUCUGCCUAUGUCCAAAUGAACUAUUUCAAACUAGAGCCUAAAGUGUGCCUACAUCCCUCUACUUCUAGGUAGUGUCAAUGUCAACAAAGAUAUUUAAUUCACUGUCAAAGAAGCAGCAUCAGAACUAGGGCAUUUUGUGAUGAUCACAACAGAGCUUAAGCCCUCGUGUUUGUAUCCACAAGAAAAGUCACAAGUUAUCUGUCUGAGAUCAUGUGUCAUUUCUGUUGUGGAGUGAAUUUUCCCUUUAAUCUCAGAUGCAGUUCACAGAAAUGGAACAGAUUCUAUUUCCUUCCUGCAUCUUAGUCUUAUUUUUAAUAGUCUCUCUUUUGUUUAUCUUGUGUCAUCAUGAAUGUUUUAUUUGUCUGUCUGUGCUAAGCAACACCAAGUAAGUUGAAUGCACACUGAGAGGCUCCAAAUCCUAAAUAGACAACUUACAUUCAGGCUAUGAACAGUAACUGCCUUUCUCUUUCUCAACUGAUUCGUUUAACUGAUGAUAACUCAAGAACAAAAGUGUGUUGGAGAUACUUGAAUAAAAUUCAGUGUCACAACAUAA